AUGGCACUCUCAAACCGCUUAUUCAACGACGCUUUACGUGACAUGCAAAGAGCAAUGGCUGUCUUUGAGCAACCACUCUUUGCUCCUUCUUCCGCACUCUUGCGCUCUACUCAUGGUUCUUUCUAUCCCACCACGGACAUGGUUGAAACGCCUGAUGCUUAUGAAUUGCAUGCUGAACUCCCUGGUUAUGAAAAGAAAGACAUCAAGAUUGAAAUGUCGGAUAGCAAUACUUUGGUUAUCAGUGGUAACGUCAAGAAGGAGUACAAGUCUGAAGAUCCUGUGUACGAAGAGGAGCAAGAGAAGAGCGAAGUCUCUUCCUCCUCUGACAAGCACAGUCAACAGUUGACGACAACUGGCAAGGAUAAAGACAAGCAAGUUGGUAAACACACUGCCAAGGGACACAAGUGGUUGGUUCAGGAACGUACUAGUGGCUCCUUUGUAAGAUCAUUUACCUUGCCUAUCGCUGUUCGACCUGAUACGAUCAAGGCAUCUUACAAUAACGGUGUACUCAAGGUGGUUGUUCCAAAGGCUGAAAACAAGCAAACAAAUAACCAAAUCAAUAUCGAGUAA